AUUUUCAUGCUUUUGCUGUUAAUAUAUGAAAAAAAAAAAAAAGACAAAGGAUGUGAUUUAUUUAAGGCCUCUGUUUGAUGCAUUGUGCUAUUCUUACCUAUGAUAGCGAGCUUUGUUGAGCGUGAUGCUGAAGAGAACACCAUGCAUGUGGGCUUGUUUUUCAAUUUUAGUAUAUCUUUUCCAUUUUAUAUGGUUGAGGUCCAUUUUCAAACAUAACAAUUCAUGAUGCCUUAGCUUUCCUUUUGCCCAUUGGUCUAAUUAUGAUUGGAGUUCUCUCUUUGAAUAAGUGGAAUGAUACUGAAUGUAUGUCACCAUGUGCACUAAAAGUUGAAGACUUUUUCCUAUGGUUAUUAUCUAUGUGUUGCUGAGGAUUUGUCAUCAUUGUUUAACUUUCAUAUGCUUAUGGUUUUGUCACACUAUUCUCCUCUUAAAGCUUUCUACUCAUUUAAUAGCUUCCAAGAACAUUUUUUUGGAGCAGUAUUUGUCAUCUGUUGAAGUUAGGUUCUUUUUGCAACUCCAAAGAGUAUAAAUAUAAGGUUUUUGGGAUUUUCAGUGAGCAGCUAAUUUGAUGGUAGAUUGCCAAGGUUUUGCUUCUGAAUCACUUGCCCCAGGGCAUCAAGAAUUGGGUUUAGCUGACCUGCCAGCUACAGUAGAAGCCAUGAAGAAUCCGAGCACGAAGAUUGUUUAUGAUGAAUACAACCAUGAACGGUAUCCUCCAGGUGAUCCAAGCAAACGAGCUUUCGCAUACUUUGUUUUGACAGGCGGGAGAUUUGUUUACGCAUCUCUUCUUCGCCUUCUGAUCCUCAAGUUUGUGCUAAGCAUGUCCGCCAGCAAGGAUGUGCUCGCCCUUGCUUCCCUGGAGGUUGAUCUCUCCAGUAUUGAACCUGGGACCACAGUUACUGUCAAGUGGCGUGGGAAGCCUGUAUUCAUAAGACGCAGGACUGAAGAUGAUGUCAAACUAGCAAAUAAUGUAGAUGUGGCGUCUCUUCGCGAUCCUCAGGAAGAUUCGGUUAGGGUCAAGAAUCCAGAGUGGCUCAUAGUCAUUGGUGUUUGCACGCAUCUGGGUUGCAUUCCUUUACCAAACGCUGGAGAUUUCGGUGGCUGGUUCUGCCCAUGCCAUGGUUCUCAUUACGAUGUUUCUGGUAGGAUUCGCAAAGGUCCAGCUCCCUUCAACCUCGAGGUCCCCACUUACACAUUUCUGGAGGAGAACAAACUGCAAAUUGGCUGAAAAAUCCUCUGGCUUCAAAUGGGUCUUGCGCAAGGCAAAAUUUUGAUUUUUCCAUGGUUUUUCUAGUUGAUUUCCUGCCUGAAAUUUCAGGUUCUGGACUUUGAAUAAUUCAAUUCUUUUUUGUUCAGUGAUGUAAACGUUGUCAUAUGAAAAAAGGUGAAGCCUUUUAAAUUGUUAUUAUUGAACUAAUACAAGGAUUUCGCUGAAAAUAAAUAAUUUUCAUAUAUGUAAA